AUGGAGAUGGAGAUCAGAGAUACAUUGACGACAUCGUUUGAAGCCACAAUAACAGGGUCGCAGAUGAAAUUGGGCAUUGGCGAUACCUUGUCAAGGUCUGGCAAAGAUCCACCCAUGGUGGCGCCAAUCAUUAAGGGCGAUGACCAGCUCCACGGGGGUUGCACUAGAAAUGAGGUAGACUCCAGCACUAAGUGCAAUAGAUGGCUAGGCAACACCAACAGAGAAGAGGAGGGCGAUGCCUGGGCAGAGGCAGCGGAGGCUAGGAAGGCGCUGUUUUUUGUGGUUUGGUAUCUGGAAAGGGCGAAGCCAAUGGGCGUCCCGCAGGAGGUGGUCGAUAGUUUGGGUGACAUGCUUGACGUUGAAGACGACCAUGGUGACGCUGUUGGCGUGACUGGUGGCUUGGACAGCGCCCCAAGAGCUGCUGAUGGAGGUAGAAGUAGCGUUGACACUAUGGGCGGCGAUCUUGUCCACACAAGGCAAGGAGGCAAGGCCUUAGGUGCAAGCUACGCGUUGGGUGUUGGUACAAGAGGCACACGUGAAGUGCUGAAUGACCUGGCCUUAGGUGCCCACUCUGAGAAAGGCGUAAAAAAGGGUACUACACCAGAUUUAGAGCGAGGCAAGAGAAUUGCAAACAAUGAUGGUUCGAAG